UGAUAGAGACAAAACGAUGUCGUUUUUCCUCUUUUUUUUUACACUCACUACAACAACAUCGUAUAGUGUUACAGUGUCUCUCUCAUAUAUAAAUUGUAUCAAGGUUCCAUUCUUUCCUUUCCUCUCCUUUCGUGUAGCAGCCAGCUACUUUGUUUCAUCUCUCUCAAGGCGUUCUACUGUGGAAUAAGAACCCGACAUCGAAGAUGAACUGUUACAGUCUUCAGCAGAACGCCUUUGCAGCUUGUGAGGAGAUGAGAGGUUCGGUUACCAUUACGGAUCAGAAGGAGCCUCUCAUUUGUCCUAAGCCACGGCGAGUUGGGGUCUUGUCGAAUGUUCCAAUGCGGCAAUUCAGAUUUCAUUUCAAUCAACAAGCUGAAUGUUCUGAUUCUAGAGCUGGGGCUGAGCUACUUGACAUGAUUUUCGAGAAGGAGUGUCACGGGGACGAUUUUGCUUAUCCGGCAGCUUCAUCUCCACCAUAUUUUUGCGUGUCUCCACCGGUCCGGGCUGCAAAUCCUUUAGUCCACGACGCCCGUUUUGGAGACGAGAUUGUAUCAUUAUCACCAUCAGGUUUGCCAUCGCCAACCUCUGCAUCCCGCAAAGGAGGAUGUGCUAGGGUGAGUUUUGGACUCAAACCAGCCGCGGUUAGAGUAGAAGGAUUUGAUUGCCUCAACAGGGAUCGCCAGAAUUCGAGCAUCUCUGCUGUUGCAUAAACGUACCAUUCAGAGAAGUGUAUAUAAAGACGGAGCUGAGUGUGAUAACUUCUUAAAAAAGAAAGAGAAUUUAACUUAACUAGAGAGAAGAUAAAUAUCUUUUGAGUAGUUUAAGGUUAUAAUGUUGGAAAGUACAGACCGUGGUCUUGAGAAGGUUUGAUGUAUAAAGAGAAUGUUUUUUUUUGUGUAAUAUAAGGAUAAAAUUAAGGAUGUUUUUUUAUUUUACUUAAGUGGUUUUAAAUAUUUGUAGGUCAUCACCAUGAGAAUGUCAUGUAUAGAGUUGGUGAUUUUGGUUAUAUUAUGUGUAAAUAUAUUUAGCUAAAUUUAUAAGUAUGGUUAUCAUAAUUUAAUGAAUUAAAGUAGUAUAUUUAUAGUGAAA